AUGUAUGGAUUUAAGAUCUCAGAACUACUGGCUCAGCUGGAGUUGUGGAUACUCACCAAACCACGACACCCACCAACCCACAUUUCCCUUCCCCCAAACGCCCCAAAGGAAAGAUUUGCUGCGUCUGCUCUAGAUUUGUUGCCAGAAAGCAUCAAAAAGCUCUGUAGCCCCCAGAGUGGAGGACAUUAUCAGCAGAAAUCAACUUCUGCUACUGUGAUAGAUCAGAAGAAGUCCAUUCCUCCAGCACCUCCUGACCACAGCUUUUAUCCUGACAUUACCGUGUGUGAAGAUGUGGAUGGUGAAUUCACUCUGAACCUGUUCCAGAGGGAUGUUCUCUCCUCUCAGUUUCUGGGAGUGAAGAACCAGCCCAGCAAAAAUUCAGAGCCCAUCUUACCUGCAGUCAAAAAGAUGUCAGUGGGUUACGGUGAGAAAAGUUUGACCUACUUUGCUGACCUGAAGGACUUACAGAGAAAACUUUAUACCGGAGUUUCAUGGAUGUCAGCCAGCUCUCAGACCAGCCUUCAUGACCACACAGUGAUCAGACAUGACCAGAGAGAAGAUCUCGAGGCCUUUCAUAAAAAGGGCCCUAAACGAUCCAACACUGAGAAAUUUGCACACUGCUCCCCUCCUCUUAUCAACAGCAACCACCUUUACUGCACCAAGUUUUCAGCCAAAUAA